AUGACUCAAACAAAAGAAGAAGAACCAAAAAGAUUUGGAUUAGAAAAUCAAGUUAAAAGAAAUCCUCAUCCAGAUUUCAAUAAAGUUGAAAAUGAAAGACCUCCAUUUGAUUUUGAUUUAAAUUGGAGUUAUACACAAAUUCCCGACAAGGAUUGGAAAGUUGGAUCAGGUGCAAAUAAUAAUGAAUGGAAAAAUCAUAAAAAAUUAGAAAUUGAUCCAUUUGGAGAAGGUAGAAAUCCAGUUGAUAAUUAUAAAACUUUAAUAAGUGCUGUUGUUCCAAGACCUAUUGGAUUUAUAUCAACUAUUUCAAAAGAUGGAAUUAGAAAUUUAGCUCCUUUUUCAUAUUUUACUGUAGUUAAUCAUGAUCCUCCAAUUUUUACAAUUGGAUUUUCUGGUGGUAAAGGUAAUCCAAAAGAUACUUGUAAAAAUAUUUUAGAAACUGAAGAAUUAACAAUAAAUAUAAUAAGUGAAUGGUUUGUUGAAGCAGCAAAUUUUUGUGCAAUAAAUAGUCCUUUUAAUAUUGAUGAAUGGAAAUUAUCUGGUUUAACUCCUUUAAAUUCAACAAAAGUUAAACCUCAACAUGUUGCAGAAUCAGCUUUUUCAAUUGAAGCUAAAUUAAUAACUUCUCAUGAAUGGAAAUCAAAAUUAGAUCCAAAUAGAGCUACUGGUACUUUAUGUAUUGUUGAAGGUAUAAAUUUUCAUGUUAGAGAAGAUGUUAUAAAUAAAGAUUUAAAUAAUUUAGAUAUUUCAAAAUUAAAACCUGUUAGUAGAUUAGGUGGUAUUACUUAUGCAAGAACAAUGAAUGGUUAUGAAAAACCAAGACCUGAUUUUGAUAAAGAAAUUGUUAAAGAUGAAGUUAAGGAGUUAUUGGAAUGA